AUGGAAAAUGAAAUUGUUUUAAGCGAAAAAUUAGAAGAACUUAAAAAUUUAAUAUAUGUGGAUGAUACACCUUUCAAACAUUUAGAUUUCGUGAAAGUUCCUUGUAUUCCAUGUUGUGUCUUACCCGGUUUGUCAUUCUUAAGCAAUCGAGCUCUGGAGGAAUGCAAAAACGGAUAUAGAAAAGAUGAAAUAAAUGAAAGCGAUGAGAUACUCAUUGAAUAUUUUUACGCAAAGCGAUUACAAAAAAACAGUUUAGUAAAAAUAAAAUUUCCUGAGUGUUACGAAAUGGCUGGAGCUCUUUUGUCUGACGCCACAGCAGCAUGCGUUGGAAGCUUAACUCAUCUUUACUUCGAAUUAGGGAACGAACUAUGUGAAAUAUUACCAGAAAACGAAUGGCCCGUUGAAAAGUUAGAAGAGUUAUUAAUGAUAGCAGAAUUAAGAAGAAGAAUCUAUUUAAUCAAACAUAAUGAUCAAGUAGAUCAAACCUAUUUGGAAGGAAUGACUUUCAUGGAAAGGAAAAUGUUUAAUUCAUUUUCCAUGGGAACGGAUUUGGACAAACAAAAAGCUACAUCAAAUAGGCAAAUUUUUAGUUUUUUCGAGUUUGAUUUAUAA